UCUUGGAUUUCAUCCCAAUGGCAACUGUACGGAAAGGACUUGCGUUACGAAAUAACAUUGUUGAACAUCUAUCCAAGGAGCCCACGAAAGCUUCGGUGAAGAAGUCUCCUGUGACUAAGCCUACCGUAUCAGCCAAAACGGGACCCAAAGUGCCCUUCAAGAUUUUCGAAGAUCCAGUUUCUGCUAACUGCCAACAUUGCGGCUCUGAGCGCAGGAAACCCAGUCUUCCUUGCAGAGAAAGGGUUUCGACAACAUCCGUAGGAGUUCAGGCAUGUGAUACUGAUAUUCGGGAAUGGUUAUGUGCUGAAAAGCCCACCGAAGGCUACUGGGAAGAGCUAGCCGAACGACGACGCGUGGCCUUAAAAGAGACACUUGAUGAGAACCGAGAACUAUGCACUCUGGUUGAAUCUCUCAACAAGGAGAUUGAACGUUUAAACCAAAUAGAGCAACAAGCAGAACACUUUGCGCGGAUGUAUAAAGCCCUGAAGGAAGCAUCGGAACAGAUGCCCAGUGACUCGUCGUGACACACCUUACCGCAUAGGCUUCAGAGUCAGAUUCCGGAGAUUUGCUGUAUUUAUGUGUGCUGUCUUCACUUACCCCCUUCCUUGUUCGACCAGUGAUUAUGUGACUAUACGUGCAUUUCUAUAUGAACACAUUCUAACCCGUAUAGUUGCAUUUACAUGUACUGCUC